AUGGCGGCUGGGCUUUUUCAUGGUUUUCAACUCCCAAAUAACGGGCCAGUUCUUUCUAAUCUCUGUUACGCGGACGACGUCCUAUUUAUUGGGAAGUGGUCGAUGCAGAAUGUGUUAACUCUAAACCGUUUGCUUAGAUGGUUGGGGCUUGUUACGGGUCUGAAAAUAAAUAACAAAAAGUGUAAGUUAUUUGGCAUUGGUGUGCACGAUGAAGAGGUUGCUUUGAUGGCGUCAAAGCUGAAUUGUGAAGCUGGGACCCUCCCUUUUAUGUAUCUGGGAGUCCCGAUCGGGGCAAAUAUGAAGCGGGUCAAAUUUUGGGAGCCGGUGGUGAGCUCGGUGGGAGCGAGGCUGUCAAAAUGGAAAGCUAGACAUCUGUCUUUUGCGGGUAGACUCACCCUCGCCAAGUCGGUUUUAGGAAGUAUUCCCUCCUAUUAUAUGUCCUUGUUUCUUGCCCCGAUGUCCAUUAUUAAUAAAAUUGACAGAAUUAGAAGGGAUUUUGUUUGGGGUAUUUCUGACUCUAAGAAAAAAUUCAGAUGGGUUAAAUGGGAUUCCAUGAUGAGAUCGAAAAAAUCUGGGGGCUUGGGGGUUGGGAGGCUAAGGGAUUUCAACCUUGCUAUGUUAACCAAGUGGUGGUGGAGAUUCAAUAUGAAUCCGAAUCAGCUAUGGGCUAGUGUGGUUGGGUCGAUUCAUAAAGCCAAUCACGCGGAUCAACUUAUUCCGAUCUCUAAUUCCAUUCCCGGGGUGUGGAAGGAUGUGGGUAUGAUGGCCAAGGAAUUGGGUAAAAGGGGGAUCGAUAUGAGCCAGAAUUUGAUUGCUGUCAAUGGGUCUUGGAAAUGGAGAACUUGUUCGGACGUCCCUUUCUCGGUGAAACAGGUUAGGAGUGAUCUCGAAGACUUAAUGGGGCCGGACCCGGGAUGUAGUACUGGGUUUGUUUGGUCCAGUUGGGCCCCGCCAAAAGCUAAUUAUCUGCUCUGGCGUUCGUCUCUCGGGAAGAUUGCUAGCCGGGUCGGCCUUGUGCACAGAGGUGUUGUUUUGCCGGAUGUUUCCUGCCCUAGGUGUAACCUUGAUAUCGAAGAUCCCAAUCAUAUCUUCAUCAAAUGUCUGUGGGCUAGAUGCAUUUGGUGGAAUGUCCUCUCGUGGGUUCGGAUCGGUUUCCCGGAGCAUUGCGAUUCAGUUGCAGAUCUCCUUUCUUACGUUGACGGAAUCCCCGGUGGGAAGGUUUGGAAGAAACUGAUUCGGACAAUAGUUAUGGCUACAUGUUGGGGGAUCUGGAGUGCUAGAAAUGCCAAAGUUUUUGACGACAAGUUCGUUCCAAUAAUGAAGACGGUGGACUUUGUGAAAGAAGAGGCGUUUCUUUGGAUCAAUAAUCGUUCUAAUCUAAAGUCGAUUACCUGGGGUAACUGGAGGCUCUUUGACUUAGUAGGCAUUGUUUGA